GCGAGAUCUGCUGCAUCUGGUACACUUACGUGAUCGCGCGGUUCCCGGGGAUGCAACCACAAAUUUAACAUCGGUUUCGUUAACGCACUGACAUUAAAUCACGACGCCGGGGCCGACGAAACGAUUGUCGAGGAUUGGCCUGAUUCACCAUGGCUGAACAGCAGAGGCAGCGCAGUCUCUCCACCUCCGGAGAAUCCCUCUAUCAUGUGCUGGGGGUCGACAAAGUGGCCACUGUUGAUGACAUCAAGAAGUCAUACCGAAAACUGGCAUUGAAGUAUCACCCUGACAAGAACCCUGACAACCCUGAGGCUGCUGAUAAGUUCAAAGAGAUCAACAAUGCUCAUGCCAUCCUCAAUGACCCGACAAAGAGAAACAUCUAUGACAAGUACGGCUCGCUGGGACUUUAUGUGGCUGAACAGUUUGGAGAAGAGAACGUCAACACUUACUUCGUCCUGUCCAGCUGGUGGGCCAAGGCUCUGUUUAUUUUCUGUGGUCUGGCUACAGGCUGCUACUUCUGCUGUUGCCUGUGCUGCUGCUGCAACUGCUGCUGCGGGAAGUGUAAACCACGGCCACCCGAUAGACCGGACCAGGAGUUUUACGUCUCCCCUGAAGACCUAGAGGCCCAACUACAGUCCGACGAGAGAGAGGCAGUCGGUGGUGAACCUAUCGUGUUGCAGCCUUCUGCCACAGAAACCACCCAGCUAACAUCCGACGGGUACCAUACUACCUACCACACCGAUACCGGCUUCAACUAAAACAGACAUCCUGUUGGCCUCCACCACGUGGUUUGUCUCGCGCCAUCCCUCCAAUGGGAAAAAUGAAUGAAAAGAAUCCUUCAACUACAACAAAAAAAAAGCCUGUUUUGAGAGGAGGAAAGCCAGCGAUGGAGCUGAAUUGUUUAGCGUAUCCCGUCCCUUAUUCACACAACCACUUCCAUCACCCACGCAAGAUCCACCUCACAGUACUGUAGCUUCAAAAAAACAAGCUUAAGAAAAAAAAAACGUAAAAAAAAAAGAUCUUGUCGUUUACCCUGAUCUCUUUGUUGCCUUUGACCUCCGAUCUUGCCUUCCACUCGUUCCCUCGCUCCUCCAGCCAGAUUUGCUCGUCGUCCUGUGGCAUGCACUGUUCCUUGACUUUGUUUGAGAAAUUUCCCCACCGUUUUUGGUAUAUUUAUUGACAUGAGAUGUUCGUUCCCGGUUCUAAGUGCUUGAAUGUGGUUUAAAGUCGACUCCGUGAACUUGCCAUAGGUGUUCGAAGACUAGUGUGGCUGCGCUGAGAAGCAGCAGGAAUUGUUUUCAUUUAUAAAAUGGAAAUUUUGUUUGUUUACCCAUUCAAUCCUCCUGGUUUACUGCGAAGUUUGUGUCCCUGUAAUGCCAUUUUAUCUCCUAUGUGUCAUAAAUUUGAGAAUUAACAGCGAUUAUUUAAAGUUAUCUGGCCUCGCUUUGUUCAUUUUGUUUCAUUGAAGCUUUCUGAGAGAGAGAAAGAUACAAACGGUGCAAUUGAUAACAUGCCAUUUGUUUGUAGUAUUCUGCUCAUUGUACAUUCGUUUUUUUGUGUUGUUUUGGGGACGAUAACCUGAGCCAAAAGUAGGAGUUUUCUCUGUGUGUGGAAUGAUUUGAACUGUCAUCUCUGUGUAAUGUGUAGGUUGUUCGCUGGCGUGUGAUAUCAUGUUUGGACACUCAGCUUUGGUCUUAAUGUUAAGCUCAGUUUGGCCCAGUUGUGUCUCUUUUUUGUCAUCGGAAAGGGAAUCACGAUCGCAAACUGAUAUAAACGCCCAUAUCUUGAGUGUGUAUGUGAGCAGGAAACUUAAGCUAAUUUUUAUAUAGAUCUACAAUCAACACAUCACAUGUAUGUACAAUAUAUGUAUAUUUUGGGCAUUUUUUUAAUAUUAGUUUUUGGCGCGUGUAGGUAUUCUUUGUGACUGUGGUUCUGGCCUGUUGUGGGCACUUGAGAUUCUCUAUGACGAGAUGUACUGUCUAUUGUGAGAGAAAUGCUUGUUAUUGUUUUUGAAGUCAUUAAUUAUUGAGCAGUAACCGUUUAUUUAUUGGACUGGCAAUUUAUUUUAACUCUACAAGCAUCCGGAUUGCAGAAGUUCAAUCUUUCAAGGCCAUGCUAAAUAUUAGUCUUAAUGCUAGUUUAUACCCAUAUUUUUAUACUAUUGAUUUGAUCAGAAAUCAGAAAUUAAUCACUAAAAAAUGUAGAGACCACUUUUAAAUUCUGUUUUUCUGGACAUGCUGGAUUUACUAGGAAUGUGUUGAAUCAAGUGUUAAUAUUUGUUUGAAUAAUCUGUAAAGAUCUGAUGAGAACAUUUCUUUCAAAUAUCUUUUUUAAAGCCUUUUUUUGCUGAACAUGACAGUUAGUGAGAAUAACACUCUUUAUUCAUAUUUAUUGUCUAUUUUAGACAACACAAUGUUGUUUUGUCUAAAAUGAACACUCAAAAAAUUGAUCUUUGUUUAUUCAAACUACUUACUUAAAAUGAGCCAAAACAAAAGUCUUGAGGAUUUUUGGGGACAACUUAAUUAUUUCAUGUUCAAACCAGGUUAACUCAAGUUAACUUAAUUCCUUGAUGUUGUCCAAACCCAAAUCAAUUGUGUGGAACCCAACAUUUUUACAGUGAUUUUACAGCAUUUUAAACAUGUCUGAAAACCUGGAGCGUUAAUUUUGUUAUUUUGACACAACUGUCAUUUAUGCUCUGAAUGACAACAUUGUUAGUUUGAACUUAGAAGAAUGCCAUUAAAACGUUUUGCUCAACAA